AUGAACAAGAAAAUGUUUCCAUUGCCAUUAGCCGACAACUGGGGCACAGGGUUCCGACUGGUCAAUGGCAGCAGCCCCUGUGAGGGCUGUAUGGAGCUCCUGGUGCAGGGGGUCUGGGCACCUACCUGUCCAGCCCACCGGGGCUUAAAAGAUGCCACUGUUCCGUGCCAUCAGCUCAACUGUGGGAAUGCAGUGGCCACACAAGGAGGAGGCCGUUUUGGAGAUGGAGAUGCUCCCAUUUGGCCAGGUGUGUUUCACUGUGUGGGAACAGAACCUUAUUUGUGGAAUUGCCCAUCCAGCACCCUUGGGGCAAAGCUCUGUACCCCGGGAAACUCUGCCUCUGUCCUCUGCUCAGGUCUCCCUGGAGCCCUUAUGCUGAGGGAAGAACAGAGCCGCUGUGAUGGUCGUGUGGAGGUCUUUCUGGAUGGAGUGUGGGGCUGCGUCCUAGAUGAGGCCUGGGACCUGCGUGGUGCCAGCGUCGUGUGCAGACUGCUUGUGUGUGGAGAGGCCCAGCGAGCCUAUCAUCCCUCAGCCCCUGGCCAUGGAGCUGUCCCAGUUGGGCUGAGCCAAGUGCGAUGCGAGGGCUCAGAGACCCUCCUGACCCAGUGCAAUGUGUCAGUGUCCCUGCUGGUCUUGCGGGAUGUGGGUGUCAUGUGCUCUGGAAGCCUUUGGGUGCGGCUGGGGGGCCCUGGCUGCUGUGCAGGGCGCGUGGAGGUGCUACAGGGAGGCUCCUGGGGCACCGUGUGUGAUGACGCCUGGGACCUACAGGAUGCUCACGUAGUCUGUGGUCAACUGGGUUGCGGUCUUGCCCUCAGUGCUUCGGUGGUCACCCACUUCGGGGCAGGGUCAGGGCCCAUCUGGAAGGACGAGCUGGACUGCCUGGGCAAUGAGUCUGCGCUGUGGCAGUGCCCAUUGCUGGGCUGGGGCCAGCACGACUGUGGGCACAAGGAGCACGCCGGAGUCUUCUGCUCAGAUUUCACGGAUCUCAGAUUGCAGAAUUUUGGACAGCCAUGUGCAGGGCUGCUGGAAGUUUUCUACAAUGGGACUUGGGGUGGAGUCUACUGGACCCUGAGCGCUGCCUCCCUAGGGGUCCUGUGUGGGCAGCUGCCGGCCAGGCCAGAGAGCUGGCCUUCCCCUGGGGUUUUCCGGCUGACUUUCAUUCAGUGCAGGCCUAGGCAUGACAGGUCCCUGUGGCAGUGUCCUUCCUCCUCCUGGGACCCACAUUCCUGCUCCAGCAGUGAGGAGGCCUGGGUCUUGUGUGCAGAGGAGGGCAUACUGCGGGUGCGCGGGGGUGAGGAUGACUGCUCAGGGCAUGUGGAGCUUUGGCACUCAGGUUCCUGGGGCACAGUGUGUGAUGACUCCUGGGAUCUGGCCGACGCUGAUGUUAUGUGCUGACAGCUUGGCUGUGGCCAGGCCAUGGAUGGGUGGGGAGCUGCAUUUGGUCCUGGAUCAGGGCCUGUGUGGCUGGAUGAAGUGGGGUACUGUGGCAGCAAGGCAUCACUGUUGGACUGCCAGGCCAAGCCUUGGGGACAUAGUGACUGUACACACAAGGAGCAUGCAGGUGUGUGCUGCUCUGCCCCUUCCUUGACCCCUCUACCUGUUGCUGAGGCCUGGACUCUGCCUGAGACCACCUGCCUGGUUCUUGGCUGCCUGUUUGGCCUUGUUUUUCUUGUUCUGGUUGUUCAACAUUGCUACAGCAGAGCUGCCUACAUGGGAUCUGGACUUUCUGAGCCCCUGCCCUCUGAGGGUGUCUAUGAAGACAUCGAACUUGUUCCUGUGGAGGAGAGAGAAGAGAGGCCCUCAGUGUUUGGGGGCCCAGUGCUGGAGGGUUAUGAUGACAUAGAAGAGACCCAGGAAGGCCAUGAGGAGGAAGCAGAGGAAGCAGAGUUGUCCAGAGUCCUACUCAGUCCCAUGGGUGUGCAUCUCUGUGCCUUUGGGUUCAUUGUGCUCUUCUUGCUCUACUGCUUCUACUCAGAGAGUUCUGCUGUAGUUGAUGCCUACAUUUAAAAUAACUAACAGUGAUGUUUC